UUGAAUUUUCAAUUUUAGUGUAAGCAUAAUAAAGUUUUUCUGAUUAUUCUUCUUAUUUUUGUAUGAUACAAAAACAAAAUGGUAACUAAUAAUCCUAAUGUUCUUCAGUUGAACCUUUCCUAUUUUCGAAGACCAAUACAGGGAAGAAUUCGUGAUCUUAAAUAUCGAGCCGGCAAAAGAGAUGGAUUGAAGCUCAUAAAUGAUUCGUCAUCUAAAAAUGACAAUAAGCAAUCGACAAGUGAGUCCGAUUUAUCUUCAUUGAUACUCGAAACCUCUACAUCAUCAAUUUCUACUACAUUGUUGUCUAAACGUCCUCAAAACAUCAAAAAGAAAAGUUUAUUCAUUUUAGACGAAGCUGAUGUGACCGGUGAUGCAUUCGAUACUCAACUACAAACACAAGUCGAAAAUUCGGAAGAUCGAGAAUUUAUCGAUGAUAAUGUUCAUGAACAUGUGGAUCAUACAGAAGAUUCAAUUUAUCUAAAAACUACCAAAAAUCUAGUCGGGCCACAAAACAAAUAUAAGCUUAAAUUCGAUUAUGAUCGUAAUCUUGAAGUCAACUCUCAACGAUAUGGUUCUGUUUUCUCACAAGAACCUGAUGAAGAAGAUGAAUAUCAAAUGGAUAGUUUCUGCAAUGAUGAUAUAAUUUACGUUUCCGAUAGUGAAGAUGAUCUUUUAACCGUAAAAGAAACACCAUCAAGAACAUUGAAACGUUCGCUAAACAACAAACAGAUUUCUAGUACACCGAUUAAUCCAAUCAAAAAACGGCGAAGAAUUAUCAUCGAUGAAGAUGAUGAUUGAUAAAUAGUAAUAUUCUAUUUUCAAUUGUAUGUCGACAAAUUGGACAAAAUGUCAUACGAUCACCACACAUUUGACAAGCACCAUGACCGCAUAAGAAAACCAUAUCUGAUCAUCAACAAACAAAAGAGAAAGACAAUUUUUGAUUCAGUAUUACAUUUUGAUUUUUUC